GUCAAACUAUACUAGACCGGAUCUAGAAUAGUUCGCUUGAUUUGGCAAAGUAAGAAAGAUGUCUUCCUCUGAUAGUCAAGGUAUUUCUUCCACGGAUGCCUGCGCAUCCGAGGAAUCUUCAACCUCCUCUUCUUCGACCGGGUCCUCUUUGUCCAGUUUCGAGACCCGGUCAGGCCCCAACGCCACCGUCCCUGAACCGCAACCUGUUAACCAGACGCCCGGUCAGGUUUCUCAGGAGAGGGAUGAACCGGUUGACGACGAACCGGCUCCCUAUGACCCUGACAGCGAGUCGUACGAGGGGUGGGUGAACCGGCUGGAUGCCGCCGGUUAUUUUCCUCUCCCUUCCAGCUACCCGCUUGACAUCUACCCCCGGGUCUCUAAGAUUGCCCAGAACAAAGCCCGUAGGAAUCUCCCGGAGGGGUAUGUCCUUGAAUACGACCCUAACUGGCGCAAUAUCAUCGAGCCUCACCGGGACGAUAGGAUGAACUUCAGAGCAUUCAACAUCCCCACCAAGAAGACCGGUGGCUCCUCCUCUGCUGCCCCAAGAACCGUACCGGUGCAACAGGAGCCGGUGGAGAUCAACUCUGAGGAGGAAACUCCUCCGACCGGUCAAGCCGGGAGGACCACAGUAAACCCUCCCCUAGACAAAGGGAAGGGGAAGGUCCGAACCAAGCACGCCGCCACUACCCACCCCUCGGCAAAGAGGAGGAGGGGAGAAAGUGUCCUGGCCACAGAGUCGCUAGAGGAGCUCUGGGUCAAGAUGGGGCGAAAGCUAAAAGAGAUGGGUGAGGUCGGGCCUGAAACCUUGGGGAAGCUUGCCGAGGACUCCCCUUCCCGGUCACUUCAGCUGGAGGAAAAGCUGAAGAGGCUUGAAGCCCACAACCAGGAGCUUCAAGACCUGACCGCCCGGCAACUUGACGAGAUGGCCAACCUCUCGGCGGUUGCCGGUAGGGCGAACGCGGAGGUCCUCCAGCUGAAGGAGGAGAACUCGCUGCUGAUGGGGGAGGUCUCCCACCUGAAGGAGGAGGCGUGGGUGAAGGAGCAAGAGCUGCCCGGUCGGGCCAGACAGUGGAUGGAGGAGAACCUGGUGGAGGCCGCCCGGGUGCUUACUUCCUCUAAGGAAAGGACAAUGGAGGGCUUCAAGUUGCUGUACCGGUAGGAGCAAGGGAAAGAGAUGAUCACCCAGAUCGGCUCCUACGGUUUCAUGUCCGGCCAAAAACGAGAUCGGGAGGCCACCCAUGCGAUCCUUGCCGACUGGGAUCCAGACUUCAAUGCCGAAUCAUACGGUCUGGCCCCCAUCCCGGACGAAGAGCCUGCGCCUCCCUUUCCUCUUGAGUAAUCUUCCCGGCUGCGACCGGUUGAAUUAUUUUGGCAAAACUUCAAACUCAUUUCCCCGGGAAUGCCCGGUGUAGUUGUAAAACACUUAACUAUUUUGUUCUACUUUAAUCAAUGCUUAAUUUCCCU